AUGGAUCUCACAAGUGCUGUCUGUGAGCAUGACAUUCCUGAACACCUGUUCAUGUGCUCUGAACUCUACAUUGCAGCAUUUGAAGGGAACGCCGAUCAGGUCACCGGACUUUUAGACGGAAGCGGCGCCGCCCGAAACGGCUGGUCGUCACCGGCGGCGCAGCCAACUGCUCAACACGAUGGAGCCUGUGACAUCCACGAGGUGACCGCAGAGCGGAGCACGCUGCUCCACCUCGCCGCGGCGCAAGGGCACGACGGACUGAUCACCGAGCUCUGUCGCCGGGACAGCGGCCUACUCUCCACGAAGAGCUCGUCGGGCGACACGCCGCUGCACUGCGCGGCGAGGGCGGGGCACGCCGGGGCGGUCGGAGCCAUCGGCAGGCUCGCGCGCGCCAACGUGGAGGAGGACAGGCUGCGGGACGCCCUGCGCGGCAAGAACGAGGCCGGCGACACUGCGCUGCACCUCGCCGCGAGGCACGGCCAUGGCGAGGCGGCCGAGGCGCUGGUGCGGGUGGCGCCGGAGACGGCGGCCGAGUUGAACGGUGCCGGCGCGUCGCCGCUCUACCUGGCGGUGAUGAGCGGGUCAGUGCGCGCCGUCCGAGCGAUCCUGUGGUGCAGCGACGCGUCGGCUGCCGGCCCGAAAUCGCAGAACGCGUUGCACGCUGCCGUUCUCCAGAGUUCGGAAAUGGUCUCUUUGCUACUGCAAUGGAAACCAGGGCUGGUCACCGAUCUUGACAACAACAAGAGCAGCCCAUUGCAUUUUGCUUCAUCUGACGGCGACUGCACCAUCAUCAAAUCGAUCCUAGCUCAUGCACCUCCCAGAGCUGCACACAUGCAGGACAGCCAAGGACUCUCACCGCUGCAUGCUGCAGCGCUGAUGGGGCAUGCAGCUGCAGUCCGGCUGCUAAUCCAAUUCUCACUGGCUUCGGCAGAUGUUCGAGACAAGCAUGGCAGAAGCUUUCUACAUGUGGCAGCUGUGAAAGGUCAUUGUGUGAUCGUCUCGCAUGCCCUAAAAACCAGGAUGCUCGAGCAUCAUCUGAAUGCUCAAGAUAGGGAGGGGAACACGCCUCUCCAUUUGGCGGUGGUCGCAGGAGAAUGCAAUGUUGUUUGUAAGUUGUUGUCAAGUGGAAAGGUGCAGACUCAUAUCAUGAACAAUGCAGGUUGCACACCAUCUGACCUUGUGAAAGAUUGCAGAGGUUUCUACUCCAUGGUCAGAUUAGUGGUGAAGUUGUACGGUUCAGGAGCUCAGUUCCAGCCACAGAGGCAAGACCAGAUAGAGAAAUGGAAUGGCCAGGACAUCAUGAAAUGGCGGGAGACAACAUCAAAAAAUCUCGCGGUUGUCUCCACACUCGUGGCAACAGUCGCCUUCUCAGCAGCGUUCAAUGUUCCUGGAUCAUUCGGAAACGAUGGGAAGGCAGUCCUGAGUGGGGAUCGCAUGUAUGAUGCCUUCCUAGUUCUGGAUACAUUUGCCGUUGUCAGUUCAGUGAUGGCAACAAUACUGCUGAUCUAUGGAAGAGCCUCACGAUCUAAUCGCUCAUGGGUAGGGUUCAUGAUCGCACUGCACUUCCUGUGGAUGUCACUUAACAGCAUGGUGCUAGGGUUCUUUGCUGCUAUGGCCGCCGUGACUAACCAGAAGAAGGGCAUGAGGACGGUGAUGUCGCAGGUGAUCUACUACGGGAUGUACUAUUUGGUAAUGCUGCUUAUAAGCCUUGCAACACCAGGGUCGCUUACAGGCAACUUGAAGUUCUUGAUAGGAAGUUGCAGGGAACGGCAGCGACGCAUUAAGAGACGCAUCAGUCGGCAGUAUCCGUUCGCCAUCAGUUAUACGUUUAAUGUGGUUAUGUUCAUAGUACUAAGUUGUGUAGCUAUUACUUCGGUUGAUGUCACUAGAACCUUCCUUGAUGGGUGAUGUACAUGGGCACCCAGAAUUUAGGUUGGUUGAGUGUAGUUUAUGGCAACCAAUACAAAAGUGAAAUGGCAUACAACUAUCAUAGUAUAGCAUCACUGCCACAUCUAAUCAUUUUAAUAAAAGCAUUUGUGCCAUAACUAAAAUAACAAGGACACGCCUGUAGAAACACUUUUUAGCAUAUCAAUGUUAUGUUUAGACGAGUUUUUUUGA